CUAUGCCAUAUGGUGGAAUCGUGCUUGUCACCAUGGCUUUCUCGCGUCCUUUGCCCUGCGAUUUAACGUUUACGGGCGCUAGUUCGAUGUCGCGCGACCUGCCGGUUGCGAUGUGGGUGCCCGCCUUGCCGCGUGAUUACAAUGCAUGCACUGUGUGCGCGCAUGGCCUGCGCUUUCGGCCGCGCCUCUGGCUCCGGGCAGCUGCUCUGUCUUGGUUGCGGCGCCCCUUCCCUGCGAUCUCGCGGCUUGUGGGCUCUGCUUUCCUGUCUUUUCUUUUUCUGCUCUAACCCAGCCUGAUUUUCCUCUCCUGCUGCACGCUUUACCGCUGUGCUUUGUCUUUCCUUCUUUCGCUCUGUCGCUUCACCUCAGCGCGCAAGCCAUGGCUAGGCAGCGGAGCAACUCGAGCGAGGCUAUGGUGAAGUUUCUAAAGGACCGAGUAGAGUCGAACCAAGGGAUCUCGCUCCAGAAGUUGACCGGUCACCUGUCGCAGCUGCCGUCCGACCUGCGAACCAAGUACGGCUGCUCGGUCAAGUCCCUCAAGAUCUUCCUGCAACAGUUCCCCAAGGUGUUCGUCAUCCGCAACCAGAGCAACGUGUAUGUGCGGACCAAGAGCCGGAGGCUGGCGACAACCGUCUCCUCGCCCACCGGCAGCAUGGAGAGCUUCCCAACCUCCAACUCGGACCGCGGCACUGACGACGACGACGUCACCUGUCUGACCAACGUCAGGGGCACCGUGUACCGCAUAUUCAACGUGUACGGCUUCAUCUCGGUCAAGUACCCGAUCAAGACGAGCGUCUACUUCGACGUGCAGGCCUUCGAGAAUGGCGAGCACAGCAACCUGCCAUCGUCGGGGCUCCAGGUGAACGACACCGUCAUCCUGGAUGCCAAGGCGGGACCCAGGGAGUGCGAAGCCAAGUUUCGGGCCAGCCGCGUGGCACGCAUCAAGAGCGCACACCCGUCGUCCACCUGCUCGUCGCCGAUUCCGCACAGCGUCAGUGGCAGCUGCGGCGGCGGCGUGGGAUCGUCGUCGACGUCGCCGAUUGUGAACCAGGACGGCGUCAUAGAGACGGUGAAGGCGAACUACGGAUUCAUCAAGUUUGGCCGCAACCAGAGGGAGCGCGCCUUCUUUCACGCCAACAAUGUGGACAGAUCUCUGGGAAAAUCCAUCAAGAACUUGCCAGACGUCUUCACCGUCGAUGACAGAGUGCGCUUCGACGCCAAGCCCAGCAAGAAGCCAUCGGAUAAGGUCAAGUGGGAAGCCACUACAGUGUAUCUGACCCGCAGAUCUGGGACCUUUGAAUCUGAUGAUGAAAGUGGCAACGAGGUUUUCAUGUCUGAUGAUGAGUCGGACAUCCAAGACAUUCUUCACGACAAAGAUACCGGCAGCUGCGACGCAGACAUAGAUGAAUCUCCAAUCGGCUAUCCAGACUGGGGUUCAAACUCGGCCAGGGCAGAUUUCAGCGAUACUUCUAUUCAAGAAAAGUUGGAUCUCUUAGGCUCGACCUUGUCAGGGUGGGAAGCCAGACAGAAACUGUCCGGAGAACGUGGCUUCUUCUACCCAGAAUCCGAGGCUACAGGAACCAUAAAGUUUGGCAUUAACAAGGCAAAUGUGGCUAGUGCAACAGUUGAUGUGGUUUUCCGAGACAAGGAGCCACUUGACAAUCUGCUCUGGGAAGUUAGCGAUGGACAAGAAGUGUACUUUGAUGCUGUAGAUGCCGGAGAUAAUGCGUGGGUUGCAACGCUAGUGUGGAUGGGGCAGAGGCCCGCAAUGCCACACGUGGGCGACAGUGAGGACGUUUUCAACAAGAUUGUGAACAAAGGCAUAGACACUGACGGAGAAGUGGACGGCUGUGUACAGGAGUCGCAGGAUGAUUUUGGCGAAGAGCCGGCUGUCAGGGGGGUUUCCCCACCAUUGCCACCCCGUACAAUCCAGCCGUCUGUCUCCAUUUAUGAGAACUCCAAGGCCACAAUAUUAAAAAGCAUGGAGUGUAUUGCAAAAUGUGAGGUUAAAGAGUCCGGAGCCUUUAGGAAGAUAGACUUUACAAGUGAUUGUUUUUACAAAGAUGGAAGCAUCUUCUUGGGUGACCUCAACGAGGUGCUUCACCAAGGAAGCAUAGUGAGUCUCGACUACAUGGUUGGUGUCAACAGAAAAGGGCAAGAAAUUGUGCGCUGUGAUCUUGUCUGGCAAGGAAGAAGACCAAGAGGUGUCCGACAGCUAAGUCCCGAGGAGUUUAGCCAGAGGCUCCGAAGGGAUCUGGAGACUGUGGGCAACACCAGCUCUUUCCGAGACUUCAGGCCUGAAGUCGACAGGGAGGAAGAGGAGUCUCGCACUCCAUCUCGGGUGCCUUCUGACGAAGCAGCCUUGGAGGACGACGAGCCGUGCAGACUGAGUGGGUCUGGCAGCUCCACGUCUAUGACAGGCGUCCCGCCAGAUCCGUCGCCGAAUGUCACCAGUCCCGUUGACUUCGCGCACAUUCCAGGAAGUCCAGGCGGAGGUUGUGGUGAUGCUUCAGGGACCUCUUUCCUCAUGUCAGAUGUAAACGACGAUGUGCUGCAUCGACUGGCGAAGAUGGUAGCAGCAGAAAUUACUGCUGAAAAGGAGAGGACGCGCAUUGUCCUCCGCGACAUUGGCGUGCAGACCUGCGAUGAAGACUGCUGGCUGUCUCCCUUGUCGAGGGCAUAUGCCAAGGCCCCCAUUCUCGUCAGCUCCAGCACCCAGACGCUGUCAACGGGAAGCAUAAAAUCUGAAGAGCUGUUCAUCAACUGACCACACGGAGGUGUCUUCCUCGAGGACUUGUGUCGAAGCGCCAACACAACAUUGCGGCUGUUGCUCUUUUUUUUUUUUUUUUGUCAAGCCUUAAUCAGUACACCUGUUGCCAACCGAUGAAGAAGGACUAUUGUUAGAAGUGAGGCACCUUCCAAGAAGCUCCCAGUUAUGCCAUUCCAUUGUUCACAACUGUUGAGAAAGAUCUGCUGACAGAAUGGCGAAGGCAACAUCACAAUAAUGUGUGCCGGUGACCUCCCACUCCCAAAGUGCAAUCUCCAAGGAGGCUUCGCUGUAUUUAGAUAUUCUGUCGUCGAGGCACGUCGUCCGAGCGUUCCUGCAGGAUAGCUAAGGUGCAAAUGGACAGAGGGCCGCAGCUCCUUCACCCCAUGCUAUCGACUGCAAAAGUCCACAAAAUUUUUUUUUUCCCCCAAGUUUCUUGUCUUAAGCAUUUGUGUUGGGCUCCGUAGGAAUAAUUCAUCGUAGUUUGUUACUUACAAAUGUGCCAGCUGAGAACGCUACUUUUGUCAUCAUAUAGAGGUGGUUGGCAGUUUUCCCUCAAAAUGCUCAUGGCCAAGCAGUUCCUGGUGAUCAAGCCAUUCCAUCCGUCGGCUAAACAAAUGGGCAACCGAGAUCUGUUUCUCAGCCUUGUCAAGCACUGUUCCACGUUUGGAUUGGCCAGAAUUGUCCGGUGUAGUUUAGUGAUGUGCCAGUUCACAGUGCUAUCUGUUGUCGUGGGGCAGGAGUUGUCUGAAAUGCUCAUGCCAUGGCCAAUUCUUGUGAUCAAACUGCACCUACACUGCAGUCAUCUUGCCAAGCCUCUUGAACAGCAUGUGUUUGAAUGUUCAUACUUGGCCAGGCAGCAAAAUCUUAAUGCCUGUAAAAAAAAAGGAAUGCCAAGUGGAAUUUCACAAACACAUUAAUGCAGCCAGCAAUGUAAUGUUGAGAGCUGCUUCCUACUUAUUGCCUGGUGCUACUGCCCUUGAAGACUGAUGCAAUUGUUUCUCUACUACCUGCAAGGCAUUAAGUCUUUUGCAAGGGGGACAGCAGACUGGCUUCACUUGUGAUCAUUUUUGCCUUUCAUUACAUACCAAUAUGUGCCACCCUGCAUGUUUGCGACGACCAGAAGCAUAAUAAAUUCCAAUUGCAACACUCCGAAA